UCUCAGUUUGACACUUUAAGCCCUCACCGACAGCCAUGAAUCCUAUGGACGACAUUCCUCAAGAACCCGUGGCAGGGCGGAUGGCUGCAACGGCUCCUGCCAGAACACCUAUGUCUGAACCACACUUCGAAUCAUUCGACCCUGAGGUGCCUGUGGCUUUGAUUUCCCGGUCGAUGCCGUCAGCACCGAAGAGUGCGCCUUGGCGACCUCCUGGUGCCGUGGAUCGAAGUGGAAGCCCUGGAGGCCUUGGAUCAGCCAUUUCUCGCUCCUCCAGUGCUGGUGCCAUUCGGGAGCGCCCUGGUGGCCCUGGAUGCCAUGGCUCUCGCGGCCGGAUGGAACGGAGUGCCAGCUGUGCCGACAAUUCGGAGCACCAGCUGCGCCGUGCCCCCGGCUUUCGGCAUUUGCCGGUGCCAGAUGCGCCAGGCACCGCUCGCAGAGAUGCGAACGUGCGUGCCAGGCAUACAGAGAGGGCAAGUCAUGAGAAGACGGAGCAAGAGAUACAAGUGUCACCUCAAUCCAGAGCUACGGCAACGACUGCCACCAGUGCAGAGCCGAGUUCAUAUUGGGGAUUGAACACGCCCUCAUCUAACUGGAAUGGGCCACGCCAAGAGAUGCGGGCACGUCCGGAACCAACUUCACCAGGCAACGAGUUCUAUUAUUUGUCUGCACAUCAACUCCGUCAACAGUGGAAAGCUCGGGAGGAAGAGUUGGCAAAUACCAAGGCCAGGGCAGAAGCUUUGCGCGUGAUGUUGAAGCAGCAGUUGGAAGAACGAAAGAAGUCCAAAUCUCAAAGGAAGGAGCUGGCGGAAUUGUCAGCCAAGGGAGCCAAGCAGCAGGAAGCCCUCGAAACUUCACAGGCAGCGCUGCAGAAGGAACGACAGCACCGUCGUGCGCUGUACGAUGAAGUCCGCCGGCUGACUCCAAAGACAUGGAGGCGCCCCUGUUCUUCCAAAGCUGCUGACAAAGCCCCGGUUGAUAGCUCACAACGGUCAUCCCGAUCGUCAUCCCGUACAAAAAGACAGAUGGAGGAAAAGGACCCAAAGCAAAAGGGCCAAAAUGACGACAAGGGCGAAAAAGGCGAAAAGGCCGAAAAAGGCGAAAAGGCCGAAAAAGGCGAAAAGGCCGAAAAAGGCGAAAAGGACGAAAAAGGCGAAAAGGACAAAAAGGGUGCUGCAAAACAAAGAAAAACAUCGCAGACGUCCCAACGUGGCACGCGUGGCGUGCCUGCUUUUGAAGACAUCCCGGCAGGUGUUCCACUUCCACGGAACCCAGGCAGCCCCAGCAGCCCCAGGAAGGGCCCUCGGCGUUCGGCAAGCACCUCGAGGAGCAAACCUCAAGAGCCUGCUGAACUCAAAAUGUCACCUUGUGCCGACAAAAAGAAUGAGAAGGCAGACAAGGCAGCUACACAACCAGGAGAAGACAAAGAGCGGGAUUCUCCACAGUUGAAAGAAGUCCCUGACAAUUCCAGUCUGCAGAAAGAUCAGCUGAAGCCGGAAGCCAAAGGCAGGGCAGGGCAAGUCUUGCCGCAUCCAGUUGCCAUCAGCAGAGUCAUGGACGCACUUGAGCUGUGGAGUUGUCAGAUCUUUGGCCGAACAGUGCAGAGGAAACUUCUGACUCCUGCCAGAUCUGAGGCGAGCCAAACCGUUCCCAAGGCAGAUGCUCCAGAGAAAGGAUCAACACUUUGUGGAGCUGGCCCUUUGCCACCCACUGCCAUGAAGGAGGAUGUUUGGACAACGCAGCCUGAGCUGGAAGACAUCUCUCCUGCUUUGGACUCGUUGAAGUCUUCGGGCUCAGAGCGGCCAAACUUGGAAAAACCACAGGAUAGCGUACAGGUGUCCGAGCAAAGCACACUGACGUUCAAGAUCGGCCAAUUUAUUGGGACACUGGCGAUGUUGCUAGCAACAGCUGCGAUAUGUCUCACGACAUCGCAGCCCGAGAUUGCCCAGACAGAGCCGGGGCAAACAGCGCUGGGGCAAACAGAGUUGGAUGCAGUCUCGGAGGGUGUGACACAUUUGAAGUCGAACCCAGUGAUCUACUUCGAUAGCGAUAAGUAUGUGGUGCCCAGUGCGUGCCUCUCGGCCAUGCUGAUCGGUGCCAUUGGUGCUACUUGUUGCUUGAGUUGCUGCUCCUUCCAGGAUUGUUGUGCGGAUUGCUGCGGCGGCUGUUGCCAUCACUUGUGGCUGUCCAUUUGCGCAGCCGUGGGCUGUGUGCCUCCAGCAACCCUUGUGUCCAUUUGGAUGUCCACCCUUGGUAGCGUUUCUGGUGGAUGCGCCCUCUUUGUGAAAGGUCUCGUCUUCUCUGGCUGCGGCUUCUUUGGAGGUGUUACCCUCACCGGGGCAGCAGCUGCUGCUGGGUAUCAUUUCUGCAAGCGUUAUAACGAGGCCCUGUACAGCAUAGCCGAUAUGCUUUUGAAAGAUCCCUGUGGCAUUCGAGAUCACCGCUUACUGGAAGGGUUUCUGAUGACAGGAGUGCCCCAUACUGGUUACCAGAAACGCUGGGACGUUGUUUUCAAACCUUCUCGUGUCCCGGUGGAGCACUUGCCAACAGAACCGAUUGUGGUGGAGAGGACAGAUCCAGGUGAAAUGCCGAAGGUCUCGAAGCGUCUGGCGGCCCAAUCGCAAGAAGAGUUGAAGAAUGAACCAACGCUUCUGUCGCGCUGUCAUUUGCUGGCAGCUUCGCGACGACUGUGCGAGGAAGCACAACAACGUGCCAUGAAGCAGCAGGUUUACACGGCCGAGUAUGCCAAAGAUGAGUUUGAAAAGAAGAUCAAGCAGACAGGAUCACAGUUUGUCCCUUUGGAUAUGCAAGGCAACACUGCAGACGGCAUCAGCAAGAGGGCAGAAGAAGCAGGGAGACUCGCCUUCUUAUUCCUGGAGGAGAUCAUGUUACCAGCUUUGAGGACCGAAUUUUCAAAGAGCAGACCAGAUGUGGUGAUGACAGACUUCGCUACUCUUGCUGGAGCUGAUAUCGCUGAAGAGAUGGACAUUCCUUUGUUGAUUAACCUUCCGGGCCCUUUGUCGAUGCUGCGCGUUUUUGUGGGGAUGGUGGAUACUUCCACUGGCUUUAAUUUCCUUGGGUUGCACAUUGCCCGCCAGCGCCUAAACACUUUCACCUUUGGUAUAUGGAUGAACAUCAAGUCCUUCAAAACCUGGGGUGCCAAGUUGCGCCACCACGUGGGAAGAGGUGCAAUUGUAUUGGUGCAGACAAUUUGGGGCCUUGACCAAACUUCCCCUCUCUAUCCCAAUAUGGUGGUGACUGGCCCAGUCUUGCCACCAGCUACCGACCUUCGAGACCGGCUUGCCAGAGACCACGUGGAUCUGCACAAGUUCCUUCGUGCCUCACCUGAUGGCGCUGUCUAUGUGACUACGGGAAGCCUCGCCAAACUUCAUGACUGGCAGGUGCGUGUCCUGUACAAAGGCUUGAAAAAAACACAAUUCCGAAUCGUCUGGAGUUUAAAGGAGGAGCAACAGAACUUCUUGCCUGUCAAGGACGAUCCGGACUUCUUCAUCAGCAAGUGGACUCCUCAGGCUGAGUUGCUUCAGGAUCCUGCUGUCAAGGCGGUCAUUACGCACUGUGGUUGGGGUGGCACCUUGGAAACCUUGACCGCCGGAAAGCCGAUCAUCGCUAUUCCGUUCUUCGGCGACCAGCCCCUCAAUGCGCGCCUUAUGAAGGACUAUGGUGUUGCGGAGCUGAUUGGCAAGAAGAUCCCAAAUGGGACUGAGGGCGAAUCCAAUCCCUACCAGGAAAGCUGGAUGACAGAGGAGACAGUCUACGCAGCAGUCAACAAGGUGAUGCGAAACCCAUCCUACACAAAAGCAGCUCAGAAGCUAAUGAAUGCUUCUCAAGCUUGUGGUGGUGUUGAAGCUGCAGCCCAGCAAGUAGAAUGGGCUGCCCGUUAUGGCAUCGGUCACAUGAAGCCCACAAACUUCAAGCAUUCAACGGGGUCAAAUCCGUACAAUGGCGUUCUGGUCGGGCUGGUGGGCGCAUGUGCCUGCGCCGGUGCCUUUGCAUACCUGAAACUGAGGAGGUAG